AUGUCGUCUCACAACACUGCUGCUACCCAGGCCAGUCAGGGUCAAGAGGAGGAGAAGCAAGGAGACACUCCUCCUCGUGGCCGUACUCAGGUUGCAGACGCCUCCACAGGCCAGGAAGGCAGUGGCCAACGAAACACCAGUCGAUCAGUCAGCCGAGGCCGUACCCAUGCCAGGCUUCCACCCAAGGUCCGCCGUGGCAGAGACCCUGGCUUCACCACCGAGGGCUUCGUCUACCCUGGCCUAGGUGGUUCUUUCGUCCCCAGGGACCGCCGUGUCACCAUCUCUGAGGGAUCCUACCACUCGGAUCCGCCCCACAUUGACCCCAGCACUUCUUACCACCCUCCCCAGAGAAGAAAGAGACGUGCCAGUGGUGCAGUCAAGUCUCCCUCUCACAUUCGUUUUGAGAUCGAGGCGAUGGCAGAGGCGGCUGAGAUCCGCAGGGAGACUGAACUCAGGGCCAAAGAAGCUGAGAAGAAGGCUCAGAAUUUGAAGGAGUGA